AUGAAAGAAUAUAAAGUUCAUUACUCUAGAGGCGGUGCUGGGAAUAUAACAACAAACUCAAGCAAACCACGUCCAAAAAUAGUUCCACAAGGUUCUCAAACACCAAUCAUUCUAAGCCCAGUAUAUUCAACAGCAAGAGGUGGCGCGGGUAAUAUGAGAAAAAAUAUUGACCCCAAAGUUACAAGAAUGUCUCAAGAUGUUGAUUUUGAUAGCGGUAUCACGAAAAAUAAAAAUAUAAAUCGUGUUAUUAGUGGACCUGAAGGUGAUGAUUAUACUGAUCUAGUACUAAAUAAUAUUGACGGUUAUGACGAGGAUGAUGAUAUUAUUAAAGUAACAUCUCUAGAUAUAAAAUCUGGUCUUAACAGUAAUAAUAGCAACACCAAUAAUAGUCAUACUCUAUUAAAUACUGUUAAAAGUAAUAUAAGCAGAAUAAGCCACAACAGUAAUAAUAAUAAAAUAAGGAGAAAUAGUGAAAAUACGCAUACUACUUCUCCUAAAUAUAUAAGUUUAGGCAGAGGUGGUGCGGGUAAUAUUUUAAGUCCCUCAGCCAGUAGAAAAGAUUUAGAAUCUCCAUUUAUCCAGCCAAUUAAUACUCAUAAAAAUAAAAAAAAUGCUAACGACCGUACAAAAAACAAGAAAGAAAAGGAGAAAGUUCAUAAUUCUAACGGUAUAUUUUAUAGAUUAAAAAAAAUAUUCGCGUGA